AUGGCGGAGGAAGCACAGAGGUUACGCGGCAGUCAUGGUGGCGGAGGAGGAGGAGGCGACGACAUGGGAGGCGUCGGAAGAGGAGGUGAAGAGAGAGAGAUGUUGAUCAUGGCGUUGAUGUUGCAGACGCUGAUGUUGCGAUGUUGCAGACCUCAGGUAAUGCUUGCUCUCGUCACAGGCCGACAAGUUGAAGCAUAUGCAACUAAAUUGUUUCUGCACAAUCAAACUUCAGAUGUAUACUUGUGGAAUAAACACUUGUCUGACUAUAUCCAUGCUGGUGAUCGUUAUGCUGCUGUUGAAUGCUUUAUAGAUAUGAAUAGAUCGAACGUAGACUGUGAUAGCGUGACACUUGUAAUUGCUCUUUCUGCCGUUACGGGGAGCAAUGAUUUAUUAGAGUUGGGGCAGCAAAUUCAUGGCAUGGCAAUGAAAUUGGGUUUCAAUUUAGAUGUUACAGUUGCAAAUAGUCUUAUUAACAUGUAUUCAAAGGCUGGGUGCCUAAGUUUUGCACGCAAAGUAUUUGCUAGCAUGGAGGAAUUGGAUUUAGUUUCAUGGAACUCGAUGAUAACUACUUAUGCACAAAGUGACUUAGAGGAGGAAUCUGUGACCCACUAUCUAGGUCUGUUGAGUGACGGCUUCAGACCUGAUAAUUAUACGUUAGCAAGUGUUUUGAGGGCAUGCUCUUCACUUACUUCAGGAUUGUCUCUUGUUGAACAAAUUCAUGUUCAUGCAUUGAAAACUGGGAUCGUAAUGGACAAUUAA